AUGGCCCCCGUGAAGCCCUCCAACACCCGAUCCAACUUCCACUCUGCCCGUCCAUCCAGCUCCAGAGUCAAGAAAUGGGAGCUCAACGGGCGUCCAUCCCCCUCAGCAAUGCAUGAGCACAUCAUGCACAAGAAGCGCGGCAAGAAGUACUUCUCCAUCACCACGCCUAAGGGCAUGCGCGAGCAGUGGUGGCCGCUGCAGUCUCACCAACAGAUGGAAACCCGCCCGUGCUACUACGCCAACUCGCGCAUCCACAAGCUCGCCUGUGGCCACACGGUCGCCGUAGCCCGAGACGCCGAGCCCUGCGCAGCGAACUGCGCCAACGCACUCGUCCAGCCCAAGAACUGUUUCGGGUCCCCGGUCCCAGCCCAGUACGCGCCAACACUGGUCAAGAUCCGCGAGAGCAUCUUCGAGGGGUUCAAUGCAUUCGCUGCUACGGCGGCGAAUGCAAACGAUGUCGUGCGGAACAAUGUUUGGCUGGACGUCCUUGACAAGGUGUGGAGGGACCAGGAGGCCAAGUUGGCGCCGCAUCCGGAUUUAAUCUCAGGUGACUUUUACUGCUCACUUUGCAGUACUGACUUCCAUCGGGCAGCGAUCCCUGCGUUCGAACUUCCCGAUGCCCCGUACUAUUGCUUCGUUGUCGGCAAGGACGAGCACGACGUCGCUAUCAUACACGAGCUGGAGCGCGGUGUGCGUCCGCACGAGAUGAAGCACAAGGGAAGGAAGGUUCAUGGAGACCCGGAUGUCAUGAGGCGGGUGCGAGAGGGUAGGAUCACUCGGCAGCGUGUCGAGGAGAAGCAGACGGUGACUGACCGCCUGCGAACUGAGACUAUGUUGGAGGAGUGGGAGACACUGGGUAUGUAG